AUGGUAGCCAAAGCUGCACGAGAUCGACGAUCAUCGUCGUUGGCCAAGGCCACUGCACCCACAUCAACAACUACUAGACAAACACGAUUAUCAUCAGCUAGUCAUGAUAAAAAAAAAACUGCUAAACCAAUUGGUAUAUGUGGAUUUUGUUUGGGUGAUAAUGAAAAAAAUGCCAAUGGUGUUCCAGAAGAAAUGAUACAUUGUGCUGAAUGUGGAAACUCAGGACAUCCAUCAUGUUUACAAUAUUCAGAAAAAUUAGUAAAAAAAAUUCGAACAAUUCAUUGGCAAUGUAUCGAUUGUAAACGAUGUAUUGUUUGUAAUAAAAGUGAUGAUUCAUUAUUAUUCUGUGAUUUUUGUGAUUCUGGUAUACACCCAAAAUGUUGUAAUCCACCAUUAAAUAACAUUCCUAAAGGUGAUUUUGCUUGUCAUGGUUGUCAUGAUGAAAUAAUGUCAUCAUCAAAUAAAAAUCUUUCAUUAUCAUCAUCAUCAUCAUCAUCAACACGUUCUCGUCGUAGUAAUGCUUCAAUUAAUAAUAAUACAUCAGAAGUUGUAUCUGAUUCUAUUGCUCAAGUUGAUGAUAGUAUGACAAAUUAUUGCUUACCAAAUAAAUCAAAUUAUAAUAAUAUUCGACAACAAUCUAUACAAAAAGCAAUGAAAUAUUUACGUGAAAAUAAAACAUUAAAAUCAUCAAAUAAAAAAUUACUUAAAAGACUUCAUUCAACAAACAUAAUUAAAGAAAAUCAUCAAUCAUUAGCUAAAACUAUUACAAAUUCAUCAAAAACGCAACGAAUACGAAAAAAACUUUUACAAGAUGAUUUAUGUUCAAAUCCUCAAACAAGUACUCCUUUAAUAACACGUCAAUUAUCAAAUAAAAAAUCAUUUACCAAUGAAUCAUUAACUUCUCAACCACUUCAUCCAAUUGAAGAAUUAAGUAAGACACCAUUAUUACGAUCAACAACUAACAAACGAAAACAUUCAACAAUUUCUUUAUCACCUAUUUCGACUACAUCAUCAAUUGUAAAAAAACGAACAAAAGAUGAAUCGUCAGUUAAAAAACAUCAUUCAAAUAUUAAUAGUAAUAAACAAAAAGAAAGUCUUACUGAAGAUAAUCAAUCUGAUGAUGAGAAACAAAUACAAUCGACAGGUGCAAAACGAAAACUUCAUUUAGAUCUGUCAAAGUAUAAAAAUCCACCAGCAUUUAUCAAAGAUACACUUCCAGAUAAUAUUGUUGAGAAUGAUGUAUAUUUAUUUCUUGAAUCACGUAAAGAUUCUACAAAACUUAUAACAGAUUAUUCUGAUAAAUUUAAUAAUUCCAGUGAACCUAUUGAAGAUGAUGGAACAAAUACACGUUGGCCACCAUAUAUUGUCUUUGGUUCAGAUUUAAUAAAAACUUGGUAUUCAUCCUCAUAUCCUCAAGAAUAUGCACGUGUACCACGUUUAUAUAUAUGUGAAUUUUGUUUAAAAUAUAUGAAAUGUGAACAAGUUUAUGAUCGACAUUGUAAAAAAUGUAUUGCUUGUCAUCCACCAGCAAAUGAAAUCUAUCAUAAAGAUGAUCUAUCAGUUUUUGAAGUUGAUGGAAAUGUAAAUCGAAUUUAUUGUCAAAAUUUAUGUCUUCUUGCAAAAUUAUUUCUUGAUCAUAAAACACUUUAUUAUGAUGUUGAACCAUUUUUAUUUUAUGUUUUAACAAAAAAUGAUUCAAAUGGUUGUCAUUUUAUUGGAUAUUUUUCAAAAGAAAAACAUUGUCCACAAAAAUAUAAUUUAUCAUGUAUAACUGUUUUACCUAAUUGUCAACGUCGUGGUUAUGGUCGAUUUUUAAUUGAAUUAAGUUAUUUACUUUCACAAAAAGAAGGACAAGUUGGUACACCUGAAAGACCAUUAUCAACACUUGGUGCACAAACAUAUGAAUCAUAUUGGAAAAUUAAAAUUAUUGAACAAUUACUUAUGUAUUAUAAUGAAAAUAAACAAAAAUGUUUAUUAAAAAUGAUUAUGAAUGAAACAGGAAUGGCAUGUGAUGAUAUUAUUGAAACAUUACAAAAUUUAGGUGUUUUAACAAUGAAAUCAAAUGGAAAACCUGUAAUUACUGCUGAUAUAACACAAUUAGAAACAAUAUUAAAAAAUGAUAAAAUAAAACAUGCACAUUGGGUUUCAAUUGAUAGUGAAUAUUUACGUUUUACACCUGUACUUACACCACUUUUAUUAACAAAUGAAGAAAAAGCUGUUGAAAAAGAAGUUAAAGAAAUUCAAAUUGUAUUUAAACAAAUUGGUCGUGAAGCUGCUGAAGCAGCAUUAUUAGAAGCUGAAUCAAAUGAUGGUUCAAAUCCAACAGAAAUUAUACGUUAUAUACGAAGACGAAAAUAUGGACAAAAACGUCGUUCAAUUAUUGUUAAACGUCGAACACCAAUGAAUAAUAAAUCAAAUAAAAAUGAAUCAAUCAUUACUAAUGAUGAUAGUUGUACAAUUGAUACAACAAUUAAUGAUAUUGAUGAACAUUCACAAGAAUAUAAACCUCGUCGACAAUUUUCAAUAAUACAUGAAACUAUAGAACAAGAAGAAAAUAAAUCUAUUUCUCCUACACCAUCAUUAAAACUUACUUUAAAACAAUCAACAUUUAAACAAUUACAACUUGAUCAAUUUCUUAAAGUUAUACAACCAGAUGGAAAUUUAUUAACUAAUGAAGAAUCUAAAAUAAAUCAUAUAUCUCAUUCAAAUAUAGAAACUAAAAAUGAAAAUGAUGAAGAAAUUCAUUUACCAUCAAGACGUAUAAAUCGAAAUACACGUUUAAAUUCUACAUCAAAAAUUGACACUGAUCUUAUUAUUAAAUCAAAUGAAAAUUCAUCAGAAACAUUAAACAAACCUGAUCUUAAUCAUCAAGAUUCAUUCACAAGACAAAUAAGUGAAGGUAGUCUUUCAAUUAUAUCAUCGAAUGAUAGUUCAACAACAACAAAUACUCUUAAUUCAUCUUCAACAUUCAAUAUGGAUCGACCAUUAUCAUUAAAAAAACGUGGUUUAACUUCAUCAGAUAUUCAAGCUUUAAUUGAUAGUACAGUUUCACCAUCUAAGAAUAAAACGGAUCAAUCAAUUUUUAAUUAUGAAACAAAAAAACAACCUGAAACUCUUUCAUCAUUAUCAGAUAUUCUUGCUAGUCCACUUCUACAAUCUCUAAAUAUUGUCGAUGAUGAAAGAAAAAUUGCUAAUAUUGAAUCUCAAUUAAAAACAAGUACAACUACUAUAGUUAAUAAUGAUCAUGAAAAAGAAAAAUCAAUUUUAUCAUGUAAUUCAUUUGAAACAACAAUUAAACCAAUUGAAUCAAUUGAUGAUGAACAACCACCUAGUUUAAUAUCACCAACAUCAAUGAUUAUAUCACAAUCAAAUCAUUAUAAUUAUUCAACACGACCUAAACAACAACAACAACAACAACAACAAAUUAAUAAUUUUAAUCCGUCAACUAAUAUGACAUAUGAUUAUGAUAAUACAUCAUAUCCAUAUACAACAUAUCCACAAGUACCAUCCUAUGAUAUGCAAUCAUAUUAUUAUCCAUCAACAAUACCAAUGGAUUAUACGCCUUAUUAUCCAACAUCAUCAUCAACAUCGGUUUAUCCUCCAUCAGGAUCAAUUUAUGAAAAUACAUCUGAACCACAAUCAUAUUAUUCAUCAAAUGAUGUUAAUACAAUAUCGUAUAAUGGUAAUGGUACAACACCGUAUACUUAUCCAACACCACAACCAUCAUCAACGGUACCAACAACUCAACGACAUUAA